UCCUGGGCACUCUAGGGGCCGACGCCUACGGAAAGGAAGCAGGCGCUUUCUUGGAAGAGAACACCGGUCUGGUCCAGCUGAAGUGCAAGCCCGGCACCACAAGGGGGACAUUCCGGAACUGCAUGUAAAGAGACCUUCUCUGGCUGGAGCUUCCCGGGCUUAAUUACAAGUUGUACCGUCUGGUUACCGUGGUAACAGGCGUCGCGGUUAGUCUAGGAACCGAGAGAAGAGGCUUUAGAGGCCUAUUUUACUAUCAAUCAUGAAGACAUCCUCAAAAGGUCUACUCACCCAGCUUACUCAGUUCUGGACCCUUCUAGAUGAUCUAGCUGAAAAUGACCCUGAGGGCUAUAAAAACUUUAUUGAACAAGAGCUGAACGAGGGAAAACAGCUAUGUGCUGGCCCAGAACCACAGUUCUGUGUACAGACCAGGAUGCUGAAACCAAAAGAAAAAAUGCUUUUUAUCAACCUUUGUCAGUGGAAAAGGAUCCCUGCUCCCAAAUCACUCACUCAUCCAGUACCUCUAAUUGUUGGCAGACCAGAAGACAUCUCUGAGACAUCAGAUACUUACACAGUCAUCGAUGUUGCCUACAAUCCUGAUAUUCUCCAGACAGCAGAAAAGGACCAAGUGAAAAAAGAUCAGUUAGUAAAGAUGACUAUGAAAUGCAUUGAAGAACAACUUCAAUUCACUCUCUCACACACUUACCAUAUUACCAAAUUCAGAAUAAAAGGAAGCAUUCAAAGAACAAAACAAAAUCUAAUGGGAAUACAGGCUGAAUGCACAGAUUUAAAAGAGAGAAUGAGAAAGGAACAUAGUCUUGGACAGAUAAGUAGCAGUACUGUGAGCAAUCCAGAUCAAUUUCCUCAGCUGUUACUGCCCAAAGACCAAGUUUCAGGCAAAGCGGGACGUUUGAUAGAAGAGAUUUCUAGUACUGAAAUACAGGUGGAGAUGAAGACACCAGUCUAUGAAUUAAAAAUUGUGAAGGAUCAGAAUGAGAAACCUCUGAAAAUUGAAUUAAAAGUUGAAUUACCUGGUAUUAAUUCAGUGUCUCUCUGUGACCUUAGCGUUUCUGAGGAUGAUUUACUGAUCGAGGUCUCUGAAAAGUACAGAUUACAUCUGAAUCUUCCAGAAUCUGUUAAUAUUGAAAUGACUACUGCAAAAUUUAUCAAAGAGAAAUCUACGUUAAUGAUCAUGAUGCCACUGGUAUAAAACAGCUGCACUAUGUUUGGGAUUUUUUAAUGCUAUAAGUCAUGUAAAUUAUAGAUAAAGAGGUAGUGGUUUAAAUAUUAAUUACAUAUUUUUAAGAGGUCACUUUGAUGUAUUGACAUUUUGCCUUCAGCUGUUUUAUCUAUUUUUCACUCACUUUUUCUUCUCAAAUAAAGUUGUCAUCAACGCCAAACUAUUAAAAACAGUGAAUCCAUGAGGUACUUAUUUUAAAAAUAAUUGAGUUGACCUUAAUAACUUAAAUAUUUGGGGGGAAAAUUCUCAUUAUUUCCAAAUAGCAUGUAGGAAAUCUUGUCUUACUGCUUGAAAAAAUUUCUUUUAAAAUCUCUAGCAAAGUUUUACAUUAGGAAAAACUACCAGACUGUGCAAAGUUUUCUAAAACCAGGAUAGGCUUUAGUAAAGUUUCCUCCAGCAAUAAAGAUACAGGGCCAAAUAUAAUACUCAAAUCUAUGCAUCUAUGAACUUGUGUACUUCAGUUAAACAGCCAUCCAAUCAGACCUUUUAAUAUCAGGUAUGGACUUGUCUGUUAAUGGAUACAGUGAUGCAGUAAUAGUAAUGAUGUUAUUGCUCAUCAUAAGCAGAAUAGAUCCAUCUCUAAUUUGAGGGAAAAAGUUGAUUUUAGGAAAAGUACCUUUCUCCCCAGAAAUGAAGUAAUGUACAUUUGUGUGUAUGUGUGUGUAUGUGGUGGUGAUGCUGGGGAUUGAACCCAGGACCUUGUGCAUGCAAAGCAAGCACUCUACCAACUGAGCUACACCCCCAGCCCUGAAGUAAUAUAUUUUCAACUUCCAUUAAUCUAAGGUGUCAGAUACAAUCUGAUAUAGCAAUAUGCACAUCAAAUUUUGAACAUUCCUUAAUCAUCUUUUCUAGAUAAAACAGCUUCUUUAAUUAUUACAAAGUCUAUAAAUUUUAAAACCUUUAACUUUAGAAACUAAUGUUGUAUAGAUAAAAGAAAUAAUUUGUGUGAUGUUAAGCAAAUAUAAUUUUCUUAAACCUGGCCUGGAUUUGAAUUCUAUUAGCAAUACAAAAAUUUAUCUUCUGAAAAGUUUCAGCAGUGAUAUCAUGCCCUAAAAUUAACAAACCUAUUAAAUUGUUAUUUCUCAAAACAUUUGGAAUGCCUUCACCAUAUCUUUUCUUCUACAAAAACAGUCAAAAUGUAUUUUCUAGGAAAUCCUCCUAACCACAAGGAACUGACUGAAUCUCUCCUUUUGCACUCAGUACACACGUGCUUGUUGCAUCACUAUAUCUGUGUACUCAUUAAUAAAAUGCAUAUCAACAGCUAAUAUAUUUAAUAAUACAAUGUUAAAUUUACAUUCUUGAUAGUUUCUUAAAUAUCACUCAUAUCUUAAUGGAUUUUAUAUUAAGAAAAAUACUUUUGCCUCCUCCUUCCUACAAAAAAGCACUAUGUUCCCAGAAAGGGCAUUAAUAAUGAAAUAUGUGCUGGCUUAAAUUUGAAUCUUAUUAAGAUAUAACACCUUUAUUUUAUUUGUUUGUUUUUAUGUGGUGCUGAGGAUCAAACCCAGCACCUCACACUCUACCACUGAGCCACAACCUCAACCCCUUUAUUAAGACUUCUUUUAGAAUGAAAUUAUGUCAUUUGCUGGUAAAUGGAUGGAACAAGAGUCUACCAUGUUAAGCCAAUCCCCAAAAAAACAAUAGCCAAAUGUUCUCUGAUAUACAGAUGCUAACACACAAUAAGGGGGUGGAAGGGAAGAAUUAGAAGUUCACUGGAUUAGACAAAGGGAAAUGAAGGGAAGGGAGGGAGGUUGGGAAUAGCAAAGAGAGUAGAAUGAAUUCAACAUAACUUUCCUAUGUUCGUAUAUGAAUGAAUACAUAACAAGUAUAAUUCCAUAUCAUAUACAACUACAAGAAUGGGAAGUCAUACUCCAUGUUAUGUAUAUCAUAAUACAUUCUACUGUCACAUAAAACUUAAAAGGAACAAAUAAAAAGAAAAAAAGAUUUCUUCCAUUUCUUCUCAAAAUUUGAAAUUUAAAGAGUAAGUUUUUCUACAAAUUUAGUUUUAGGUCCCUUAUCAGUAGUGAUUAUGAUUUCCCCAUAUAUUCCAACUCAUGCGUUAAUAGGUAAUGACUUUCCUUUGCAACAUAUUCCUAUUGUCUCUCACACAGUUACUCCUUUUAUAGAAUAUGCUUCAGGAUACCAUAACCUUAACUCACAAACCUCAGAAUUGAGACUAAAUUAUUAAACAGAGCCAGAUCUCACUUUCUUUCCAUUUUGAUAAUAAGUACCAUGUCUGAACACAGGCUGCUUCAGUAACUUCUUAAGCUUAAAGACUUGGCUAUCCUCCUAAACUCAGACCUUUACCAAUUUAUCUGUAUUGAGAGUUUAUGAGUAUAUAGCUGACACUGAAACUUAAAUCAUUUUUUAAAAAUUCCCAAAAGAUGAAAAAUUAGACCACACACAUUGAAAACAAAGUUUAAUUUUAAAACAAUCUAAUUUAAACCAAAAUCCAUGACUUUUUCUUUUCUAGCUUUCUUCUUUUAGUUCUGGUAAGAUAGAUAUACUGAGUCCAGAUUUAGAUUAUAGCUGAGAUUAAUUUUUAACUCAGAACAACUUUUUAUUAUAUGGGAACUUUUUAUUUUUCUUUCAAGGGAACAACAGAGCCAUAAGCAUUAGCAAAGAAUAAAUUAUCUUUGAAAUUUCUUGUUUGAACCAAAUUUGGCUCAUACUAAUUUUGGUCCCUUGUGAUAAACUUGUUCUUUUUGCAUAAUCUUCAACCUGAAAUUACUAAAUACUGUGAAAAAUCAGAAUAAUAUGUUGAAUUAUUUUCAUAAUAAUAUAGCAAGGUGAAUGUUUGAGGAAUAUAUAGAGUAUCACUUAUGCACCAUAUAAUAAAUGAACAUUCAGAAACAGAUUCAACACUGAAAUACUUAAAGCAAAUUUCAGGGGAUAGUUGCACAUAUUACAUAUACAAGGAAGCACUGGUCAGGUUUAUUUUAAGUAGUUAUAAUAAAUAAUUCCAAACAUUUAUUAAAACGUGUCAAUUCAAUAGAAAGUCUGGAACUAUGAUAAAGUUCCCAAUUCAUUUUUAUUGUUCUGGAUAGCAUAUCCUCCUCCUCUCCAAGAGAAAGGCAAAAUAAUAAAGUUGAAAAAAGUAUUUAGACUGAUAAGGUAGCCAUAAUUAAUUUUUUCUCUCAAAUAGGAUUUCAGGGCUAUCUUAUUUUACAUGAGACAAUGCUAGGGUAGGGAAAAAAACGACUAUAUUAACCAUUUUUACUUUAUCCAAACAAAUUAUCAUUUUGUUUUAGACAUCAUUUAUAUUUAUUUUUUCAGGCAGGGACUGAAUACAUUGUCCAGGUUGGUCCCAAACUCCUGAGCUCAAAAGAUCCUCUAGUGGAGCCAGGGAAGAGUCCCUGGGUUAUUAACCUCCGAACUUAGUGCCUGCCAGUGUGAGUGGGUGUGUGAGGGAGAGCAUGCCUGCUUGGGUAGGCACAGGUGCUAAGCAGCUGUGGUUGCCCCAUAUUCUGACUUAAAAGCAGUUUGACUUUGUAGAGUUACUUAUGUCAUUGUAAUGAUUUCACUUUUAACUGUGACAUUUUUAUCAAAUGUGUGAAUAAAUACAUAAAGAUUGGUACAAGGACUGGGGAUGUGGCUCAAGCAGUAACGUGUUCACCUGGCAUACAUAAAGAUUGAAAAAUAAAUAUUAAAAAAAUUCUCUCUCUCUCUCUCUCUCUCUCUUCAAAAAAAAAAAAAGAUCCUCUAGCC